AUGAAGUCAACUUCCCUCUUCACUUCUAUUCUCCUAGGGGCAACCAUAGCCUCAAGCUCCAUUAUUCCCCGCGACUCUGCGCCAUCACCCUCUCCAAAAGAGCCAGAAGAUCCUAUCAUCCUCCUGAGCAAAGAUGAAAGCUUCCAUUUCGAGCUGCUCUUCACCCUCGGAAACACCGUAUUCGGGGCUGGCGACGUCAACGACGUCUUGGGCGCAGCCAAACACAUCAAGCCCGGCAACUUCACCAGCUGGCUCGAGACCUUCCACGCGUUGGCCGAAUACACCAAGAUCCAAGCUGAGGAUCCGGACAAUGCGUACGAUCCAUUGAACGUCCGGGAAGCCUGGUUCGCUGCAUCAAGCUACUACCGUCAAGCCGACUUCUACAACCACGCGAACUGGACAGACCCACGAAUCAAUAGCUUCUGGUUCGAACAGCGCUCUGCGUUCGACAAGGCGCUUGCUGCACUACCCGUUCCUGGCGAGCGUAUCCAGAUCCCGACCGACAACUACACUAUCGAAGCAAUCUGGUACACAACCCCUGCAACCGAUGCGGUCAAACGACCGACCUUGGUUAUCGGUAACGGUUACGAUGCAAGCCAGGAAGAUUCCUACCAUUCGUUCGUUGUACCAGCCUUGGCGCGUGGCUGGAAUGUCAUCACCUACGAAGGACCAGGGCAGCCCACUGUUCGCCGCAAUGAUGACAUUGGUUUCAUCCCUGAUUGGGAGAAGGUUCUCACGCCGGUGAUAGACGAGUUAAUGAGUCACAAAGGCUGCUUCAUCGAUGAAGACAGACUUGUCCUUGUUGGAAUUUCCAUGGGUGGGUAUUUAGCUGCCCGUGCCGCUGCCUUUGAGCCUCGAAUCAAAGCUCUUAUUCUCAACGGCGGCGUGUGGGAUGUCUACGAGGGUUUCUCCAGUCAGCUGAGCCCUGACAUGAGGGAGGUUUUUGAUGCGGGCAAGCAAGAGGAAUUUGACGAGGCUGCCUCAUCGCUCUUCGGUAGCCCACAGGUACCUACAACGGUGCGCUGGGGUCUAGAACACGGAUUGUGGUGCUUCAAACAGCAUUCCCCGUAUCUGUGGCUCCAGUCGCUUAAGCAGUACACUCUCAAGGACGUGGUUGACAAGAUCAACGUACCCGUCCUUGUCAUCGAUUCUGAGUUUGAGGGGUUCUUUGCUGGCCAGCCGGAGGUUGUUAGGAACGCACUUGGCGAUAGGGUAACUUACAAGUUUUUUAAUGGAACAGCUGGAUACCACGUCCAAGUUGGAGCUGGGCAAGAGUGGAACAGGUACCAGUUUGCCUGGCUGAAUAAGAUAUUGGGAUAA